AUGCUGGUCCGCAGUAUCACCAAGUGCGUUGUCCCGCUCAUCAAGGCAACGGGCUACACGAGCUCCUACAUCGUGGAGCAUUCACCCACCCCUGUGAGGCUCACCUCCAUGCUGCCUCUCCACAACAAGUCCAUGCCCACCCCACUUCUCGACCCCGAACGGCUGCAGGAGAUUAGCUGCGGUACUGGUCAGCCGGCCCAGCGCGGCCGCCGAAAGCCGCUUGUGUGGAAGCGCCGUAAGCCGUGGUUUGACCACCAGUGGUCACUCGACCUGCAACGCAUCAAGAAGGGCCCUGAAACGCCUCACUUCCCUGACGGUACCCCGUUUACGCAGAUCCGUUCUUUCCAGUCAUUUGCAGGGCGCUCCUGGAAGAUCAACGCUGGCCGCCGGCGCAAGAUUCGCCUGUCACUGAAGCGUGGUCGCAGGAAGCUGCUGUAA